AUGCCCGUCGCAAUCCGCCCCCACGUCUUCUCCCUCUACCCCCUCGACGAAGAGACCAUCGCUCUCGCUGAGCGAUCGUUCCGCAUUACCUGUCCGGGCGAUGAGGGACACGAGCUAUGGUACACCAAGGCGGAUGGUAUCAUGGUACGGAGUCAGCGUGUGACGCCUGAGGAUGUUGCCAAGAUUGGCCCUCAGCUCAAGUUUCUCGGCAAGCACGGCGUGGGAGUGGACGCGAUUGAUGUCAAGGGGUUGAGCGCAAAGGGUGUGGUGGUGACCAAUACUCCUGGAGUCAAUGCCACUGCUGUAGCCGAACUUGCUCUUACCCUCGCCCUCGCUGUCGCGCGUAACGUCCCCUUUAUCGACCGCGAGAUUCGCGCCGGCAAGACCAUUACCAAGCAGGCCGGCGGCGAGGGCGGUAUGCAGCUUACUGGGCGUACCCUCGGUCUCAUCGGCGGCGGAAACAUCGGCUUCACCCUUGGCAAGAUGUUCCACGGCGCAUUCGGCGCCAAGAUCAUCGUUUACGACCCCCACCUCUCCCCCGCCAUGGAGUCUGCCUGGACUGCCGCCAUCCCCUCCUACCGCCGCGUCACCUCUCUGGAUGAUCUCCUCCCCGCCUCGGACGUCGUAUCGGUCCACGUGCCCCUCUUUGACUCGACGCGGGAUAUGAUUGGCGCGCGCGAGUUGCGCUUGAUGAAGCGGUCGGCAGUGUUGAUCAACACUGCGCGAGGGGGGAUUGUGAACGAGGAGGCUUUGGCGCAGGCGCUGGACGAGGGAGUAAUUCUUGGGGCUGGGUUGGACGCAUUCAGCACAGAGCCGCCAACUCUGGCUCAGUUUUCGAGCCUGAUCAAUCACCCUCGAGUCGUCAGCACACCUCAUAUCGGUGCGGCGAGCUUGGAUGUCAUCUCGCAGACGGCCAAGUCAGUGGUGGAGCAUUUGCGGGACGCGUUUGCUGGGAAUAUCAGGGAUGAGGUCAAGUUGUAA